AGCGUGGCACGGCCAUUUUCAAGAACUGGCGCAGCCAUGCUUCGUUGCUACUUAGCAUUCUUAUGUGUCCUAGCUGUGACAGCAGUUAGUGAUACAAACUAUAGGCUGAACUCUCUCGUCAAGCCGUCCUCAUACAUCAUAGCCAUCACUCCGUACUUCGACACCAAUGAUGCAACCGCCUUCACUUUCGACGGAGAAGUCAGCAUAAUGAUCUCAACAACCACAAAUACUAAACAAAUCAAACUACAUUCAGAAGAUCUUGAAUUUACAGCUAGUGACAUAACAGUUACUAGUGGACAAUUCGUUUUAGCAUUAGAUGAAAACAACCCUUUAGAGUUUGAUAAGAACUAUACUUUUGCGUAUAUAAACAUGCAAAAUGAACUUCAAGUGGGAGUAGAUUACAAGUUGAAGAUUGUAUACACGGGACCAAUAAGGACAGAUCUGAACGGGUUUUAUAGGAACUACUACAUUGAGAAUGGAGUUGACAAAUGGUUGGGAGCAACACAAAUGGAGCCCACACACGCAAGGAAGGUGUUUCCUUGUUUCGACGAGCCGGAAUAUAAGGCCAUCUUCACACUGGUGAUAGACCGACCUGAUAAUUUUAAGCCUUCGGUGGCUAACACACAUUUAGCAGAUACUGUACCGCUAGCAAACGGUUACACACGAGAAAUCUUCCACCCAUCACCAAAAAUGUCCUCCUACUUGGUAGCAUUCAUGGUUUCCGAAUUCGAAGGACGUCUAACAAAUGACUCGCAGUUUGGAAUCUACGUAAGACCAGAAGCCAUGAACCAAACUGACUACGCUUUUGACUUCGGGUUGAGAGUAGUCAAUGCUUUGAGCGACUACUUGGGCAUUGAUUACUAUUCCACAAACACAUAUUUGAAGUUGGACCAUGUGGGUUUGCCGGAUUUUGAAGCUGGCGCUAUGGAGAACUGGGGAUUGGUUAACUACCGGUAAGUAUCGAGUAUUUCAUUUGAGCGCUAUUUUAUCACUUCAUCACUUUUCUUUACAAAUUGCAGCUACAAGUGCAAUACAAGUUCAGUUACUUCUAAACUCGUCUGUAUUGCUAUAAAUUAAGCAAAUUCAGAUAUUUUGUUUCGUGUAACUGAGUAGAUGUAAUAAAAUUGAAGGCAACGAUAUUUUGAUAGCACCAGAGUUUGACAACUUACUGCUUGGGUUGAUCGUAGGUACUAUCAGCUGCAAAAAUGUAUGGCGAAUUUAUCAAUGAAUUCAUUCAUAAUUUCUCCAUAUGUACCAUUUGUAAGCUGUAUAAGAAGAAUUAAUUUAUUAAGAUUACCCUCUUUGUAAAUAUUGUAAAAAUAAUAAAUAUGGUGAUAAUUUA